AUGCCGAGGUCAAAACUCAAUCUUCCACGGGGCAAGCCGCGAGGCUUACGCCGAGAUCGGGACUGUCGGACCUGCAAGGUUCGAGGAGUCAAGUGUGAUCUGAACAGACCUCAAUGUCUCCCUUGCGUCGAAUCUGGUCUGGCUUGUGGGGGCUAUCCUCAGAGAGUCGUUUGGGCGGCGAGUCCUGUUGUGACACCAGUCUCCAGACUUUCUUUGCCAUCUCCUGCCGAGCAACCGACUGAGCCAAGGCGCGGUUUAUCUGACGAAGCAAACAUAUCAUCAUCAGCCGAGUUAAGAAACCCAAGUUCUAUAUCUGCGAAUGAUGGCAAUGACUUCACCCAGAAUUCAUUGGCUGCAGAUCAGCCUCAUAUUGUGGAACAUCUUCUCGCCUUUGGUCACAGCUUGAAAGUGGCAAGUUUGGCAUCUGGUGAUAACACAAACAAUUUUCAAACAUCAUCAUCAGACCAGGGAUUAAGGCUCAUUGCUCAAGUCGACAACUUUCUACAAGCAAGGAUCAGGAGACGCAGAAGAUCAGAUUCUAGUACAACCUCGCAUCCCUCAACCUUAGCCUUCUCCGCUGCGGAAUCCCUCCCUCCUCAAGAUGUGGAAAACGAGGACAUAUUGGUCUAUCACCGCCUCGAAGCACUCAAAAGCCUUAGUCAAGCACUCAAUACUGCGGAUCCGGCUGCUUUUCUGGGCAUCGCCGUCUUUGCCUUUUUCGAGGUUGUGAUGGAUGGUGUCUUUGGUGAAUGGGACUGCCACCUGCGUGGUGCGCGGUCUCUUCUCGAUUAUCACUGCCAGAACAGUGACGAGUUCCAGCAACUAUCCAACAAUUUCAUCGGAUUUGAACAAAUCGUUGCAUAUUUCGGCUGGUGGGACACAAUUGGUGCCGUUGUCAGGCAAUCGACCAACAGGGCUGUUGGAGACCAGCAAGGUCUCAUCUUCGACGAUUGGCAUCGCAAUACUCUCACGAAAGAUUUUCUUGACAUGGUUGGGUGCCCGGCUGAAACAUUCUGGCUAUUUGUAUCGCUUGCAAAAGGAAACAAGACGGACAAUCUCAGCGAGAUGCUCACUCAAGCCAUGGCCCAGCUUCUCAAAUUGGGCAUGGACACGAGUGAGCGCGGAAAGUGCAUGGAUACAUACAGAUGCGCGGCAGUGAUUGCUCUCCUCUCAUGGAGAAUUCCAGCAACCGAAGAAACGCUGCCUUCUGAACCUUCUGGGACAACAUUAACAUUCGCCGUUGAUAGAAUUUGUCAAAUCAUUGACUCUGGCCGGCCAAAAUCUACACUCUAUGUCCACAUGGCUACACCUGCUUACUUGGCUGGCAUGUGGGCCAGUUCGCCAAAUCAUUGCAAGACGUUGCGGAACUACUGGAAGAAUUGCCAAAUGGGAGACAUUCCCCGUUACUUGGGUGCACAGUUGAGAUGCGAGGAGGCUUGGCGAGACAUGGGUCUAGUCUAG